AAUAUAUCCGGUAUAAUUUCAAUAAAUGGAUGUUAUUGUUGUUAGUUAGCACAUGCAUGUGCAGAAUUUAACCCUUUAGACGCAUACUAUUUGUGCAUGGUGUAGAACUAAAGAUGGCAGAUACCAAGAAUAGGUCAUAUGGAAUUUUCUCCUUCAAAGACGAGAAAACUCUUCCAGAUGCGGUAUUUGAAUACCCCAGUAACAUUGCCAGUAAUAAUGUACCACUUAUAAUUGACAAUGGUGUUUACAAAUGCAGGGCUGGAUGGGCAACUUUAGAACAACCACAACUUACUUUUAAGAAUAUCACUGCAAAACAGAAGGGGAAAAAGGAACUGGAUGUCCAAGUUGGAAAUGAAAUAAACAAUGUAGAAGUGGCCAAAUGGAUACUGAGAACUCAGUUUGACAGGAACUUAGUCACACUGUAUGAUGUUCAGGAACAGAUCUAUGAUUACAUAUUUGCUCAUCUUGGCAUCAACACGGAGGGUCAAGUCAAUCAUCCAAUAGUGAUGACAGAAGCAUUAUGUAACCCAGGCUACUGUCGUCAGCAAAUGUCUGAGUUGCUGUUUGAGUGUUAUCAUGUUCCGUCUGUGGCCUAUGGUGUGGAUGCAUUGUUUAGUCUCUACAAUAACCAGGACAUUACAGAUCAAACACACUCUUUAAUUGUUGGAUGUGGUUACCAGACCACCACUCUCAUCCCUGUUGUGGGAGGAAGAGUGCACUCUGCACAUUCUCGAAGAAUCAACAUGGGCGGGGCCCAGCUAGAUGCAUUCAUGCAGAGACUGCUUCAGCUCAAGUAUCCAGGUCAUAUUGCAGCUGUUACCCUCAGUAGGGCAGAGGAAUUGGUUAGGGAUCAUUGUUACAUGGCAGAAGAUUACAUUAAAGAACUGGAGGCCUGGACAGACAAUGAUUAUUAUGAGAAUAAUGUCACCAAGAUACAGUUACCAUAUAAUGCAGCAGUUAGUGGAAGUCAGCUGACUGCUGAACAGUUAAAGGAAAGGAGAGAACAACAAAUUCGUCGACUGAAAGAAUCCAAUGCCAAAAGAAGAAUAGAAAAGCUUCAGAUGGAGGAAGAAAAGUUAAUGGAGCUGAUUAGUGUUCAGGAACUUCUGGAGGAUGAAGAUGAGGAAGCCUUCAAUAGAGCCCUUUCCUCACUGCCAUAUGAAACAGCUGAAGAAUUACAAGUGGAGAUCACCAGACUUACCAUGUCUAUACAAAGAAUGAAAGCCAAAAUUAAAGGGAUUGAUCUACCCAUUGAUGAAGAGGCAAAAAAGCCAGCAGCAGUGUAUGAUUUGAUUGACAUCCCUGAUGAUCAGUUAACUCCAGAUCAAAUAUCCAUAAAGAAGAGACAGAGGAUGUUAAAAAAUGCCAGAGAAGGUCGCAUGAAGGCCCAGGCAAUCCAGAGAGAAAAGCAACAAAAAGAAAUGGAAGAGGAGAAAAAAUUGGAACAAAGAAGAAUAAAGGAUUUCAGUGGUUGGUUACAGUUAAUUCGAGAUAAGAGAAAGAAACUGCUAGACAUUCGCAAUGCUAAAAAGCAAAGAAAAGCUGACUUGGCAAAGAGAAGGACUUAUGCUUCACAACAAAGGAUGAAAAUGAUCACACAGCUUGUCUCGGGUGGAUCUAAGAAGAAAAAAGAGGAUACAUUUGGUCAAAAUGAUGCUGACUGGGAAGUCUACAAAGAAAUUCACCCUGAGAAUGCUGACAGUGAUUCUGAGGCUGACGAAGAUAAACUCGAGGAGCUAGAGACUCUUCUGAAGGAACAUGACCCAGAGUUCCAAAAGGAAAUGGACCAAACAAUGGGACAGACGGGAGAAUUUGAUAUUGCUGAAUAUUACAAGCUUCAUCUGGCUGUUGAGAAAAUCAGAGUCCCGGAACUAUUGUUUCAACCAUCAAUGAUAGGAAUUGAGCAAGCAGGGAUUGCAGAAACCAUGGACUUUGUUUUCAAGAAAUUUGAUACAGCAACUCAAAACAAACUAGCCCAGAAUGUGUUCAUCACUGGUGGAAAUGCCAUGUUUGGUCAUUUCAAAGAAAGACUGGAAUGUGAGCUGCUCGCCAUGAGACCCUUCCAAUCAACAUUUAAUGUAUCCAUAGCAAACAAUCCCAUUCUUGAUGCUUGGUCUGGAGCCAGGAAGUUAGCCUUAUCUCCCUUGCUGACGACAAGCAGUAUCACAAAAGCUGAGUACGAAGAGAAAGGCAGUGAAUACAUGAAAGAACAUUGUGCAUCAAACCGAUAUUUCCAAACUCCUGCAUCAAACAAAUAAAUCAUUGAAUAUUUGUCA